UCAAACACUUUAGAGACUUGGAUCAACAUGUCUGCGCCCACAUGAUGCAACAACGUGAAACUUCACUGUGUGUAUACUGAAAAUGACACCAAAUGAUUAGAUUGACGACAUUUCUUAGGAAUCACGUUGCAGUAAAAACCAUGGCAAGAGUAGUGGAUAUUUGCUCGAACGAGCUUCAUCAGCUUGUUGCGAUGGCUACAGAGAGUCUGCUCUCAGGGAAAGUAAUAGCUGUCCCCACAGACACAAUUUAUGGGAUAGCUGCUCUUGUGCAGAACAGUGAGGCCGUGGAUCGGAUGUACAACAUCAAGAACAGGGAUUACAGCAAACCUCUCGCCAUAAGUGUUGCUGAAAUAAAGGACAUCUACAGAUGGGGUAAAGUGACAGUAAGCAGUGAUCUGCUGUCGGAGUUACUGCCAGGUGCAGUGACAGUCGUGUUUGAGAGGACAGAGGACUUGAAUCCAGAUCUCAAUCCAGGCACAUCACUGGUCGGAAUCCGGAUUCCGGACCACAAGUUUGUAAGAGAGAUAUCAAGGUCUUGUCAAGGUCCCAUUGCUUUGACCAGUGCAAACGUCAGCUCCACCCAAAGCACACUGAAUAUACAGGAGUUUAAGAACCUGUGGCCUCAGCUGGACAUUGUGUUUGAUGGAGGAGAACUGGGUGAUACAUUCCAUUCCAGGGCAGGAUCCACGGUGGUGGAUCUCUCAGUUCAGGGCACAUACAAAAUCAUCAGGGAAGGGAGUGCAAUCAAGUCUACUCUGGCAGCACUGCGCUCUCAUCAUCUACAAGACCGAGAAAACAGAUAGCAGGGAACAACAUUGAAUAAUUCCAAUAAAGAGCCCCCAAACCCCAAACACCCAAGGAGCAGAUCUCUGUGAUAUAAAAAUUACUGAAUUGGUGUUUGUUUGAAAAAUCAUUUAAAGAACACAAAACAUGAAAUACCAGGUACUAUGAAUGCAUUUCUCUGUUUUCUUUUUCAAACAAGUGAAAUUUGUUUUGUUUUUUUAAAUUGAAAUCUUGUUUUAAUCAUUGUACACUGUAUCAAGUGUUUUGGGUAAUUUCAUUGUUCUAAAUACUGUGGUAGAUGUAUUAUUGUAUACAUAAAAUAUGUGAAUUGUUUUUAUUACUUGAAGUUCUAGCUGUGUUUAGUCACAAAGAAGAUGGGGGAAUAAGAUAGCGCCACUGCCCAUUUGUUUUUUUUUCCUAAAAUAGAAUUUCAAAUGUAAUCUUUUCCAAGGAAAGAUAUUUGAUAAUGUUAUAAUGCAAGUGUAAAAAAGGACAUUUUCUAACUACAGUGUAUAUUCAGCUUUGAAUAUUUUAACAAAUGAUGAGAACAAAAAAAUAAAUUCUAGAGUUUUGAUGGUAUCGAACCCAUAACCAGAGUUUUAUAAAGUGACCUAAUUUUUAAAGUAUAGUGGGUCAUCUCUGCAUGUUUUUUGUUUAUUGAAAUCGGUUUGAUAGCCAUUAAACCUUAAUAUUUAGACUAUGACAAAAAUAUGGAGCUCUGGCCAACUCUAUAAAAGAAAAGGCAUUGAAGCUCUAAAAAUGACAUUAAAUGUGUAUUUAGGGAUUUUGACACACACACUCCAGUUUAUAUCAGUAUAUAAAAGUAUUUAUCUUAUUUAAGGGCUACAAAUCGAUGUUAUGAUAAAUAUACAUUGUUUUCAAUAAAUUUUUUAUAAAACAUAUCCGAUUUGUUGAUAUUUUAAUUUUACAUUAUCUUAUCUGUCCUGAUAUUGGCAUUUUACACGCCUUAUUCACCCAUCAUCUUGAUAUUAUACAUCUAAAUGCAUCAAUCCCACAGGUACCUGAUGUUAUAUAUUUAAUAUAUGCCCUCAUUUUAUUUUUAUGCAUACAGUAUAUUAGUAUUUUAUGCAUACAUGUACAUGUAUAUUUUCUCUCCUUGUUUAUUUUAUGAAGAAUUAACACUUUUAUGAUUUUGUAAUUUUUUUUUAAUGACCUAACAAAGUGUUUGUGUUUACACCAUGAAAUGUUUAAAACAUGUACAGCACAAUAAAUAAUCAUUUUAUCUAUGAAUUUUUCAUGACAUUAUCUUUAUGUUCCUCAUGAUGAGUUUUUGAUUGGAAUGAUGAAAUCAAAUUAAAAAACAAAUGAUUAGCACAGCGACAA